AUGAAUUAUCGGCGGUAUCAUGUCGAUCGCGUUAAUCCGCGGGACGUUCUUCCAAGUCGUCACACUAUAUUCAUUCGAGGUCUCCCAGGGUCAACUAAUGUUGAUGGAGUGAAGUUCGUUUAUUCGGUUUUUAAUCGAUCUUGAAGGGAUUAUUUCUCAAAGGAAACGAAUUCCAAAUGCUCAAUUGCCUUUUCUUCAAUGUCAGAGGAUAGGGUUCGCUUUUCGGUUGCUGUUCGGUUCAAGACGAACGAACUGGCACGGGAAAUGCUUGUCAAGUAAGCUGGCUAGUUAUAUAUCAUCCUUCCAGGUACAACGGCAAGAAUUUGAUGGGUCACCCGGUUGAAGUCACCUGGUUCAAGGACCUGAGAAAGGCCCGAGCUAGAAGUGAGAUAAAAUUGUUUACUAAUUUUUUAGUCAAUGAGGACCAUCGCAGUGGGCGGUUCCGGCCCUUCAGGGGCUUCGCACGAGGUUCUUUCAAAGGUCCAUUUGACCACCGUGGCCGCACAUUUUCAAACAGAAGUUAUGUUGAGACCGACCAUCGGCGUUUUCGGCACAGUUCAGUUUCUUCUGACGGCGGUCGCCCGCCUCGCUUGUCCUCUCGUGAUGGUCGUCGCUUGCCCAGUGCAUCUCCCUCUGCGUCUUCGCGCUCUUCAUCCCGAUCCAUUUCGCGGUCCAGGUCUAGAUCAUCGAAAAGGUUACUCAGAUUAUCUCCCCACACUCCAUGUGCUCUUUGCAAGUGCAUGUUUUUGGAUCUCUCCGAGGCUGUCUUAUAUUAAACCUGUCUGUUUUUGCCUGUUCCUCAGUGGCCUUUGAAUUGUUGGUAACCAUUCAGUGUCUGCACAUUGCAUUUAUGCAUCCCAGACGCCUAUAGAUCCGUUUAAUUCGGUCACUGUCUGACGCAACAUUGGACGAUGGCUUCCGCGUCAUGUGUUGUUUGUUGUUUAUUUCCCAGGAAAACUGUUUUAGACACUUGUUUCUAUUUUUUUUUACUUCCUUCUAGGCCACGUAAUGAAGAAAGCCUCGACAACUACCACAUGGCAGACCAAGGGUUAAGCCAUGGGAAAAAUCUAUCUCAGGCAGGUCGUUCCAAUAGGUCCCGUCGCUCUUCAAGCAGUUCGAGUUCUCGUUCAUCUUCUUACGAUAGCUGUCGUCGCCCUAGAGGUUCUGAAGGUAGAUCUAACGACGUCUACAGAAACCAACCUGCCCCAAUCUCAUUCGGGAGCCGGUCCUCCCUGUCACCAGCAGAUAUCGAUUCGCUACCUAAGAAAGGUCGCUUUGAGAAGGCCUCAGGUACUUCCACUCCUUCCAUGAUCGUUCGGAUAUAUUAUUUCUUAUCGACAUGACUGUUUCACUGUCCAAUACACUAUUCAAGCGGCACUUUGAGGUGAACCUGUUUAAUCAACAGUGCACGUAGCAGACGUUACAAUAUGGUACGAAAGUUAAGCCUACAUGCUCAAGGACCACCCAGCAUCCUGGAUUGUACAUUGAUUACCUGUAAAUAGGGAAACUUCAGCCUGGUCAUUAGGUUGCGUACUUGGACGGGGCAGGAGUGGCAGCUCAUAUUUAUUUGCACUUAUUUGCCCCCACCCCAAUUCGAAGGAUAACUUAAGCUUACUUGCUCAUAAGAAAUGGUAAACCCUCCCAGUUUGCACAUGCCUCUCCAUACUCUGUUUUUAAUCAAUCCUAUCCCUCACUUAACAAUCAAGUUGACGGAUGACGCAAAUUAAUUCUUUAGAUAAUGGUCGCUCUUUGCCCUACACCAAUAUGCCGGCCCCCAAUAGCGAGAACUCGGGACUUCUUAGUGGCUUGAUCCAACUGAAGCGUAAACCAGCCGUGGGUCUGCAUGCCCGGCGUCGACACUCACGAUCUCGCUCACAGUCGCCCGUUAGUUCAAGUUCUGAUACCAGUUCUCCGCAUGUGGUGAAGGAACCACGUAAAACCUUCUCUCGAGGGAAGUUUUCUCCGUCUCCACCAAACUUCAAUGACGAAAAACGCUUAGAGGUCAAUGACAAUGCUCAUCAGGCUUCAUCGCCGUCCCGACUGUAAGAAUUGCUUAUUUUCUCUUGAUGGCUCGAAAUAAGACUACGCAUUCUCUACAGUAGGCCGUUUCUCAUGAAUAGACAUUUGAUUGUCGACUGUGAGGGCAGACCCAGGAAUGAAUCUACUGUGUAUUGGCCUCGAUGGUGGUCAACUUACAUCGAUGUCCUCGAUGCCGUCACUCUAAACACCGAAAAUGACUUUACUAAACUUUUCGCCGAUUAAAAAACAAUUUAGAUUAGACAUACUAAAAUCCAAUAAAACAAAAUAAGUGUAUGCAUGUUCCUAAAGUGUAACAUACGUAAUAGGCACUGAAUAGAAUUAGCUGUUAUUUCAGUCCGUUUGGCAGAAUUUGCAUCAUGCAGGACAUCUAUGCAUUUGCACAUGCUCUGCUGGCAUGUUCUACGUUUUGUUUUUCGAUUUGGUAUUUUUUUAGAUUACGUCUGCCGACGAGCUGUGCACAUUGCGGUUUUUUCUUAUUCCAUAACUUCGCCUUCCUCAAUCUAGCCCGGUGGACGAACGCGAAGAUCGUGUUUCUGGACUGUCCGCCGAUGGCAGCCGUUGGCGUCCGGUUGAUUACCCCGAGGACCAUGCUGUAGAGCGAAGAUCUAGUUUUGGCAAACCGGUUAAUGGAAACGACUCUGUGGACGAGAAUUCUGCAGAUGGUAAUCGUGGUGACUCACAAGAACCGAAAUUGCCUUCAUCAGAGAAGCGGUCGCGGCGUUUGACCCCAUCACCCAAAACGAAUGCAACCAGUACUACUGAUUUUGUCGGCUCAAAAAGAGCCUCGGAGCCUGACAGAAACCUUGGUAACGUUAGCAUUUCGUUCUGUUGCUUUUACUGAUCUUAAGACCAUUCGUGGGAAUUUUGCAUAAGCUUGGUUUUUUUUUCUAUUUUUACAAAUUCUUCUGUACUUGCUUUUCUUAUUCGGUUUCCACUAUCUGCUAUCUUAUGCUAACUAGAACUCGCAAACUUCAAGGAUUUUUUGGCGUAUUGAACUGAACUUAUCUGAGUGUCAGCAUGCCGAUGCUUAACCUCGUGCUGGGAACUUGUCUAUCUGUCGUUUUUAUGGCUCCUUUUAGACCUAACUUUAUACUUGAACAAGUUUCAGUGAGCAUUCCUUCCCAUACGGGCUUUUGUCGUAUGUCUUUGCAGUGGCCGCCAAAUAUUUACCCACACUUCAUAUUGCGUCCUUUCUUUGGGAAAGGUAGUUUUAAUUUGUACUUUGUGGUGUCCUGUCCGCCUAUUCUGUCGGCGAUCAACUAUUCUGUUCCCACUCGUGUCGAGGCUUCGGUCUGUCAACUCCUGGGACUAUUGUCUGAUGGAUUGUAGGUUGUAGCUGUCUACGCGCACAGUUAUACUGCCCUUUAGGAUUACAAGGGGUUAAGUUGCAUUAAUUGGCUAAGAAAAAUUGCGGUUUAUGACGAUUCCUCCAUGACUACGCCAAUCUGAGACUGCCUUGUACGACCACAAGGUUUUUUUCAGUGGGCUUGUACUGCAAGUCUUGGGAAUCGUCAUGUCUGCCUCCCCAAAGCGGGUCUGAGUUCCCGUUUUUUUUUCGGUCUGACUAGUUACUAAUCGGGUCUUAUUGUCGACAGUAACAAUUACACUCUUGCUAUUAGUCGUCCGUCGUUUAGUAUCUGUCCCCGAUUAUUGUUCAAUUUAACACCAGUUUUGUAUCAUCUGUGUAUUACUUAGUUGGCCAUCCUCCUAACCCUUUCGAACUUCCAGCUUUCGUAGACUUCGGUCCCAGUUCCUGGUUUGUUUCACAUGUAGACCUUACUGCUUUUUCUAGAUCCGACUAGGGAUGCAAAUUAUGGGAACUAUCUCCUUUUGCCAUCUACUUGACAGUUGAUAUCUAAACUAUCCUUCUCCACUUUCAGUUGAUGUUCCAUCUUCAGGGCCCAUAAAGACCAUGAAAGAUAAACGGGUCCUCAUCCAGGAACGGAAGGCUGCCAUUGAGGAGGUACUAUCCGUUAAUUACCCAUUCUGACCACUUUUUUAGGAGUACAAACGUGACUGUGAGACUUUUGCUACUGUCGUCCGAACGCUUAUAAGGUACGUUACUGACCACCAAUGUAGUCUUACGUUUUAAUUGUCCCCAUCUACCUUCUUCGCCAGCAACCACCUAACCCUCAUUUAACUCAAUUUUAGCCUUUAUAUAUGAGUGUGUGUUACCUCACCUCUGGGAAGUACCUUCUCAUGUGGAUUUGUCUUUUUAAUGCUCAUCCCGACGCACGGCUAUUUUCGGCGGAUUCCAGCUUGUUCUUGUCCUUGUCGCGAUGGAAUUGAAGCGACCAUUCCAGUCCUAUGUACUUGCAGGAGCAUUUUAACUGGCUUCGCGUGUCCGCUUUCUCUAAUAGAAGACUGAUACGGGCUUACAUGUAUACGCAUGCUUCCACGGAAUGCGGCUAGCUGAGGAAGUCUAAUUUGCCCAAUUUUCCAUUGGUGGUGGUGGUUUCUACUCCGCUAUUUAUGCCAAAUCAUGCGCACGUUUUCACACGCCACCCCUCCUUAUGGGGAAGUCCUUGAUAUGGGCAUAUAUUAUGGCGUUAGAACAAGGAUUGACUAUACGAAGCAACAUAAUAAAUUCAUCGAUCUUGAAGUAUGCUCAUUCUCAGUGCACGGAGAAAUGUGGGACAAAUGCGCUGAUUGGAAUAUUUUUAACGUAUCGAGUUUAUUUCUUAUUUUUCUGCUUACGGAGUGGGUAAGUUUACUCGAAUUCUGCUUGUGUGCGCGCCCAUCCCUUGUCUAUUUUCAUGCAGUGUGUAACCGUUUCGGUCCUUUCUGCCUUUUGGUCCUACUUUUCAUUCCUAAUUUUUUUUCUCAGUAAAGACAAUGAACUCGAAUCACGCUUGAUACCACUGCUAAAGGAGAUACUCCACGAACGUGGUCAGAAAUGUGUAGAGGAGUUGCGAGCAUCAAUCACAGAGGAACACAGUCUGAAUCAGGGCUCUGAUGCUAUUAUCUAA